AUGGAAUUGCAUGAGGUUGGGUGGGGUAAAUAUUGUAGUACUGGGUGGGGUGAAUAUUGUACGUUUUUUGAUUUCAGGGUGGGGGUUUUUUAAAUAUUUUAGUUUUUAGUUACUGUAUAACCACUCUUCCGAUUUUUUAUCUUGUGAAUAACUUUUGCGCAACAUUAUUCACAAAGAGCCGACCGGCUGUGCAUCCAAACAAGUCUUUUAAUUUGCAUAAAAGUUUGCAAAACAUUCUUAAGAAUUUCGCAAUCUUUAACCUUGUAAUCCACACAAAUAUCUAUAUAUCAUUACUCCAUAACAGCCAAAACAUCUAUCUAUAUUCUCAAGAUAAAACUUCAUAAACCGCUUGACUUAAACGCUUAAUUUAAACAAAACAAUCAUUUCCGUGUAUUAUAAACAAUAUAAACCUAACAUCGUGUCCGUAUUCCCAAUAUUUCACCGCUUCCUAAACAAGCUUCCAUAUCCAUACCUACACCCAUACUAAUAUAAUCAUUCAUUUCAGCUUAUCCACCCCCAUACAACAGCUACGUCCCCAACCAUCCGGCCGACUUCCCUCCCUUCCACUACUACGGUAACCCAGCUCAAUUCGGAGGAUAUUUCGAACAGCCACACCCACGCCUUCAACAAUCCACCUCCCAACCCCAACCAACUCGACCCCAUCGACCAGUCGGUGGAGCUCAAUCGGCUCCAGUAACAUCGGACCAACCUCAAAUGGAGCUGCUCCAGAAUCUGCCACCGCAGAUCAAGCAGGAGAAUGGAGUGAUCCCGAUGUUGAAUAUUCAGAACAACUUUAAGAAUGUGAAUAUGAAUGGCAUGAAUGGGUCGUCGAGUUCGUCGAUGGACUCGAACAUUCAGUUGUGGCAGUUCUUGUUGGAGUUGUUGACUCAUAAUGAACAUCCUGAUCUCAUUCAGUGGACUAACAAUGAUGGAGAGUUCAAAGUAAGUUUUAGGCUAUCUUGCGCCGUCUUUUCUACAUAUCAGAGAACCUUUUAGCAUAUCUUAGGCCUAGAUAUUAAAGAUUUUCUAGGCUUAAUCAUAAAAAUUAAUUUAAGCUGCAAAGUUGACUACUUUAGUCAUCAAAAAUCAAAAAUUAAUAUUGAAAAUGUAUUUUCACAAGUUUUGUUGACAUUCAGUUUCUUUUAAUAGCCUUCUAAACAAUUCAAUUAGGUAUUCCAGCUAAACAUUUCUGUACAAAAUUAGAUUUGAACCAUUUUUAAAUUAGGUAUAACUUAUUUUACAAGACCCGUGUUCCUUUUUUCUACCAGCCCUAAUCUUAUGACAUUUGUAGUACCACACUAUAUUUUUAAGUAGCAUAUAACUUUACUUAAAUGCUGAAAUUAUGCUUAUACUAUGUCUUAUUGCCGUUAGAUACUAAAACAACAUUUUUCAGCUAAUCGACGCUGAAGCCGUCGCCCGCCUCUGGGGCCUUCGAAAAGGCAAAACCCAGAUGAACUACGACAAGCUGAGUCGAGCUCUACGGUAUUACUAUGACAAAAACAUAAUCAAGAAGGUGAAUGGUCAGAAGUUCGUCUAUAGAUUCGUGGUUUCGGGUGAUGCGUGCACAAACGAAGCCAUGGUGUAUGCGCUACAACGGCAAAGAAUGCAACAAGCUGGUCUUCUGCAAAACCAAUCCAACCGCCAACCCCUGGCCAACUCGGACCUCUUCUUCCGCCGCAACCUCACUCCAUCUACGAGUACGGCGAAUACGGAACUCGAGAUCUCGAAGCCACUUCAAGUUCAAAAUGCUACGACCUCAACUCCAUCUCCUAUGAAUUCAACGUGCUCUCCUGGAUCGGUUGGAAGUAGUUCGGGUGUUUCAUCAGCCGGAACUUCAGCCUCCAACUUGAGUGAUGUGUACCACCAACAACAACAUCAACAACACCUGUCACGACCUUCAUCAACAGCUUCGACCAACUACAGUUCGUCGCAACAAACUUCAAGAAAACGAAAAGCAGAAGCGGACGGAUUCAGCUUGGACAAAAUAAAAAUGGAACCCCCAAGUUCGAAUUCCUACUCCCAACAACCCACCCCAACGUCAAUCCACGACUUUAACGACCAGUCGAUGAACAUGAACUCUCAGUCCGGGCCACGCAAAUCAAAGCCAAAGCCGAUGCCUCUAGAUCUGACUGGAGUGUCGAAUGUGAGUAACGGCAGCGAGAACAACACCAACAACGUGAGCACGGCGCCAUUGACCAAUAUAAACUUGUCGGCCAUUCAAGCGGCCAACAACUUAAUCAUGGCCUCGUCUCCGUUGCUUCAGAACUCACCUUUGUACAACUUGUGCGCUGUAGCGUCGCUACAGAAUUCUCUGAUGAAUCCGAACAGCCCAUUGGCUGCAUUACCUCAAUUCUUGACUAGUCCACUGCCGUUGGCCGCUUUUGCUUCUGCCAGUCCAACAGGUAAGGGUUUAAUUAACUUUAGAUGAAAAAAAUAUCUUUUCGAGCUCAGUAAAGCAAUACUUAGGUAUUAAACCACUUAUUUUUAUUAAAACAAUAGUAUUCACCUCAUAACCUACAUACAACAAUAUAAUAUCCUCAAUUUUCAGUGAACAACAACCACUUGUCAAUGUUUGGCAACUCACUAUCCGCCCUUACCACGCCCAUACCCAGCAAUACGCCCCAACAGAAUCGUCUGAAUGCUCAACAACACUUUUUCCAAUUCCCUCCCCCCUCGGCCCACAACUCGAUGGCGGCCAACAUCGCUGCCAUUCUCAAAUCACCCGGCUUGAACUCGAUGAACUCGCCGUUCUUGAGCGCCAUGGGACUUGGCACACCUACGACCAAGUUUAACUUGUCGCCUGACGCCUUGAAAACACCUAUACCACAAAUUCGAGAGGGUUAA